GAAAUGUUAGUAAGACAUCAGUGUUCAAUAAAGCGGAAACAUGAAAUCAUUCUUCUGUACUCUUAUACUUGCUUCAGUAGCUCUGGCCCACAACUCCAUGGAAGAGAUGGAUAGCAUGGAUACAGGACUGUGCUUGGAUACCAUGACUCUUCAUGCUAUGUGUAUUUCUGGUUCAAACCUUGAGAGCAAAAUGGGGGAAGCUGUUCAAUGUUUCAUGGGUGAUGGAGAAGCAACGGGGCGUAGACGCGGAGGACAAGGAAAAGGCAAAGGAAAAGGAAAGGGAAAAGGAAACAGAUGUCCUUCAUUUGAUGAUCUGACUGAAAUGAUGAAUGAGAAAAUGGGUUCUUCUGAAUGCUUCCUCCAGAGCUUGGGAUGGAUUGAUGAAAACGGAGAUGAGGUUAAUGCCACCAUUGCUGAGGAUAUUGCUUCUCUAAACCCAGAAAUCAGUGCUCAGCUGUCUGAAGAAGUUAUUGAUGAGUGUGUUAUGGAAGUAAUGGAGGAAAUGACUAUGAACCCUAUGUUUGCCAAGUGUGCUGAUAAAUACACUGAAGAGGAAACUUUGGCUCUAGAGGGGAUUGGCAUGAAGAUUGCUGGCUUCCAGUGUUUCACAAAGACCUUUGAUACAUCUUGCAAAAGCUUUAUUCAGACCAAUUAUUUCGAGCCCCUUCUUGCUUCAUUUAACAUUCCCCAAAUGGGAUAAUCGAUUUGAUGUUUAUAAAGUUUAAAUAAAUUUGAACCCAACUUUAA